AUGGAGGUCAAUGAUUCUCCCCGCGGCACGCCUGCCUACCAGGGUAGCGGCGAUAACAUUCACGAGAAGCAGAACCCGAUGGCCGACCACAUCUACAACGGCGACCACGGCGCCGAGACCGCGCUCCGACGAACCCUCAGCACCCGUCACUUAACCAUGAUCGCUCUCGGUUCCAGUAUCGGCAUGGGUCUGUGGCUCGGAAGCGGCAAAUCUCUCGCGAGCGGCGGCCCUGCAGGUAUAUUUCUCGGUUACUGUCUCGCCGGCUCGAUGAUAUGGUGUGUCAGUCAUUCCAUCGGUGAAAUGGCUUGCAUGUACCCUCUCCCGUCUGCCUUCGUGCAAUGGACUGGCAAGUUUAUCGACCCCUCUGCUGCUUUUGCUCUGGGUUGGUCUUACUGGUUCUCGUACUGUAUCACGAUCGCGAACGAAUUACAAGCUACCAACACAAUCAUCAAUUUCUGGACAAGCGCCGUUCCCGUCGCGGCAUGGAUCAGCAUCUGGUUCGUAGUCAUCGUGCUCAUCAACGUCGGUGCCGUCAAUCUGUUUGGCGAGAUCGAGGUUGUCGCCAGCACGAUCAAGUUUGGUUGGAUCUUCGUUGUUAUCAUCUCCAUGAUAGUCAUGUCGGCUGGAGGCGCGAGCUACGGCCCGGUGGGAUUCCGAUACUGGAACGAGGAGCCCUUCACGAACGGGUUCAAGGGCUUCCUGAACGUCAUGCCCACCUGUAUCUUCGCCAUGUCCGGGUCCGAGAACUCAGGCCUCGUUGCCGCCGAGACGGCAAACCCGCGAAAGUCCAUCCCUCGCGCCGUCUCUUCGAUCUGGGUCCGUCUCUCGCUGUUUUACCUGCUCGGAUCGCUGAUGAUCACCAUCAACGUCGACCCGCACAAUCCGAACCUCUUCGGCCAAUCGGGCACCAACGCGUCGCCCUUCGUCAUCGCUUAUUUCGACGCGGGCCUCCCCGCCCUAGCUCACAUCAUGAACGCCAUCAUCCUCAUCUCGGUCAUCUCGACGGGCUCCAUCUCGGGCUACGGCGGGUCGCGCACGACCAUGGGCCUGGCGCACCUGCAGAUGGCGCCGAAGAAGAUGCAGUACGCGGACCGGAAGGGCCGCCCCUGGUACGGGCUCGUGCCGACCUUCAUCCUCGGCGGCGGGCUCGCGUACCUGAACGUCAGCGAGUCCGGGUCGGACGUGUUCACGUGGUUCUCGAACCUGACGUCGCUGUUCACGCUCUUCGGCUGGGGCAUGAUCUGCCUGUCGCACAUACGCUUCCGCGCGGCGUGGGCGCGGCAGGGGCACACGGCCGCGGAGCUGCCGUGGCGGUCGUGGAUCUACCCGUACGGGCCCUGGUGGGGCCUCGUCAUGUGCGUCCUCCUCAUCAUCGUGCAGUUCUACCUGUCGGUCUGGCCGCUCGGCGACGCGCCCAGCGCCGAGAACUUCUUCGCCAACUACAUCUCCAUCAUCCUUAUCGUCGUCAUGUGGCUCGGCGCCAGGCUGUACUACCGCGGCCGCUGGUGGAUCGACCUCGACACCAUCAACCUCGACGAGGGGCGCAGGUUCUACGGCGCCGACGUCGAGAAGGUGGAGGCCAAGGGUGCCUUGGGCAAGGCGAAGAAGGUCAUCGGCGCUGUUCUCAAUUAG